AUGGACCAUCUCUUUCGAUGUUUCAUUCUUUUCACUCUAAUCUCACUCUCUUCUUUCUCAGGGGUAGAACCAAUUACUUUCAAAUUCAUUAACAAGUGUAGGCGCACGGUAUGGCCUGGUUUACUAUCUGGCGCAGGGACAGCACAGCUCCCUACAACAGGGUUUUACCUCAAGAGCGGCAAAUCAAGAACAGUAAAGAUUCCAAAGUCUUGGUCGGGACGGGUCUGGGGUCGGACCUUUUGUACCCAAGAUCCGACUGGUAAGUUCUCAUGUCUUACUGGCGAUUGUGGGUCUGGUAAAGUUGAGUGUGCAGGUAGUGGGGCCAAACCACCUGCCACUCUGGCAGAGUUUACCUUGAACGGCGCUAACGGGUUAGAUUUUUAUGAUGUCAGCUUAGUUGACGGCUAUAAUUUACCUAUGCUUUUGAUCCCUAAGAAAGUGACACGUGGUGGUUGCGGCGCGACGGGGUGCUUGAUUGACUUGAAUGGCGCGUGUCCGAAGGAUUUGAGGGUGUCCGCCGCGGCAGCUGGGGGUGGGGUGGCCUGUAGGAGCGCGUGUGAAGCGUUUGGUGAUCCGAGGUUUUGUUGUAGCGAGGGGUACUCUACGCCCGACACGUGUGGACCGUCAAUGUAUUCGUUGUUUUUUAAACAUGCUUGCCCACGCUCGUAUAGCUACGCGUAUGAUGACAAGACGAGCACGUACACGUGUGCUGAUUCAGACUACGAUAUCAUAUUUUGUCCAUUGCCUUAUACCAGUCAUUUUCGUAAUGAUAAGUGGGUUGCCAAGUUGUCAAGUUCCAGAAAUUUUGCAUUUGUGUGUGGGGAUGAUGAAGUGGCUAGGUGGAUUAUAAUUGAGUUGAUUAUUUUACACUGGAAAGGUAGCCUUGUAUCAGGAAACUUCAAGUAUUUCCUUUCAAAAUUGCAGCCAGAAACUGCUGGCAUUGCGAAAAGAUGGGGUGGAGCUCCCACUCGUGAACAAGACUAUGAUGUACCUACGAAGCCACGGUGCUUCAUCUCCAGGUGUGGUUCAGCUGCAAUUUCUUGCUGGCGCAGCCUCUAUUGUAACGGCACUUUUGCUCUUAUAGCCUCCUUUAUUACCCUUGUGACUAACAUUGGCCUGGACAAUUUCAGGCAGCUAGUUACUUUAAAUUUCAGUUCAUGA